AUGAAGCGCGCACUGAGUUUAGAGGAGGCUGUUGCUGCAGUUUUGCACUCUUCAGAUAGUGAAAAAGAUAGCACAGGCAGUGGAGAUUUUUCUGACAGCGAAGAAGGGGAGGAAUAUUUGCCAGGCACCGAGGAGCUUUGCAGCUUGUCUGAGGAGGAGGAGGAAGAAGAGGAAGAAGAGACAGGACUGGAGGCUGACCAUCAGUGGAGCUCUAGAAAUGGAGCAAUCAUGUGGCAACCCACCCAUGAAGAGGUCCUGCCAUUUUUUCCUCCACCCAUUUUGACCCCAGGACCAACCCACUAUGCUAUUGCAAGGAUCAGUAGCCCUGUGAGUGCGUUCAGUCUUUUUUUUGCGGAGGACAUUAUGCAGUUAAUCCUGCAUUUUACAAACCUGCAGGGCAAGAGGUCAGUGAAAGACUGGAGGGACACAGAUGAGGAGGAGCUGCGGGCCUACAUGGGGCUUCUGAUCCUGGCUGGCCUGUACAGGUCGCAACAUGAAACCACAAGCAGCCUGUGGGAUGGGGAGACAGGACGUGUUCUAUUUCCUGCCACCAUGUCAAGGAAAAGAUUCGCACAAAUUAAUCGGGCAAUCAGAUUCGAUGAUCGACUUUCUCGCCCAGGUCGCUACAGGGGGGACAAGCUAACUCCCAUAAAGGAUUUAUGGACCAAAUGGAGCGACCGCCUGCCCAAAUUUUUCAACCCAGGGAGGGAUAUAUGUGUAGAUGAACAGCUGGUCCCUUUUAAGGGCCGCUGUUCAUUCAAGCAGUAUAUGCCCUCCAAACCGGCUAAAUAUGGGCUAAAGAUCUGGGCCCUCUGCGAUGUGCAGACCUCCUAUGCCUGGAGGCUUCAAGUGUACACAGGAAAGUCUGCAUCAGCGAACAGAGAGAUCAACCAAGGCAUGCGGGUGGUGCUUGAAUUGACAGAGGGGCUGGAGGGCCACACAGUCACCACCGACAAUUUUUUCACUUCAUUUCCUCUUGCAGAGGAACUGAGGAAGAGGAGGAUGGCCCUGGUGGGCACGGUGCGGUUGAACAAACCUGAGCUGCCCCCACAGCUGCUGAACAUUCGAGACAGAGACGUUAUGUCAUCUCUCUUUGCCUUCAGCCGCAACAGGGCUGUCGUAUCUUACGUCCCCAAAAGAAGGAAAAAUGUUGUUGUGCUGAGCACCAGGCACCGUGAGCCUCAAGUCCAGGACUUUGGAAAGAAAAAGCCACAGAUCAUUCUGGACUACAACAAAUGCAAAGGGGCUGUGGACCAUCUGGACCAG